CAGGCCUACUCAGUGUGCAUCUCCUGUCCUGGCUGUUAGAUCUGCUGUCGUCUGUGAAAGCACGGCUGCUCUGCCUCACACAGGAGUAACGCGGCUCGUUCACAAUUGCGGGAUUCAAGGCAUUGACAAACGGAAAUCUUGAUUUCAACCUUUUACACCUUUUCUGUUUUCUUCCAAGGAGUGCAGACUCACCUUUUUCUUUUUUUCUUUUUCUGCACCUUUCCUCAUCUCCCGCUUUUGAGUUGUUGGAGAGCCCGCAGAGGCGAGCAGGACAGCAUGGCAAUGGUGCAAGGCUGGCUGACGGCAGGAUGAUGUGUUGUAUUUCUUAUUGCCUUUUUGCGCUUUGACUUUGGAGGAAUGGGCUCUUUGCCGGAGCUUUCACUCCAGCGGUUUAUUUCGUAUAUCUGGACUUAUCAUAGCGCUUCUUUCUGUGUGUGUGCUUAUUAGCAUUUUGUUCCUUCUGGUCCAGCAGAGUCUUCUCUCACCUUCCUCCUCUCAUCCUCCUCCUCCGCAGCGCGUGUCUAAUUGGAGCGACCGCGAGCGUCUUAAUUGAAGGCAAUUACCCAGGUCGGAAAAAACGAUCUCUAGUUCGGCUUUUUAACAGUUUACUGCAGAGCGAAACACACAGACUCUGCUCUUUGUGGAUGUUUCCGUCUCGUUUUCGUGCUGCUGUGUUUGUCGGUUGUACCCUUCAGUGACAAUGCCGGUGCACGCGCUGCCCCGCGGUGGUGGCGUUGGCAGCAGCAUCGGCGGUCCGGGGUCCCUGAGCCCGGCCUCGCUGUCCCGCAGUCUGUCCCGGCUUAGGGAGUACCGGACCCGGACGGGGAUCAUGCUGGCACUGGGAGUCUCUCAGAUGGUCCUGGGGAGUCUCAUUCUGGCGGUCAGCUUCGCGGCUCUGGCUCUCACUACAUCUCCCAGAGUCCGUCACUCCUGUCCCUUUUGGGCUGGCUUCUCUGUGCUUCUUUCUGGACUGAUCGGAGUGGUGUCAUGGAAGAGGCCACUCUCUCUUGUGAUCACGUUCUUCAUGCUGCUCUCUGCUGUGUGUGUGAUGUUAAACCUGGCGGGCUCUAUCCUCUCCUGCCAAAACGCUCAACUGGUCAACUCUCUGGAAGACUGUCAGCUGUGUGGAUGUGUGUUCCCCCCUCCUCCCCCUCAGCUGAAGUUUGACAGCGAUGGAGUGUGUGUGUGCUGCGAGCUUCAGCAGCAGAGUUCAAGCUGUAACAACCUGGGAGAGACGCUGAAGCUGAACCCACUGAGGGACUGCAACACCAUCCGCCUCCGUCUCAAGGAGCUGCUGUUCAGCGUGUGUGCCCUUAACGUCAUCUCCACCAUUGUGUGUGCUCUGGCCACAGCCAUGUGCUGUAUGCAGAUGGUCUCCACUGAUGUGCUGCAGAUGUUUAUGCCGCACCGAUCGCGAGCCCUCAAUGCGGACUGUAUGACCCCCCAUGGAACCAUCCUCCACCAAACACUGGACUUUGAUGAGUUUAUUCCUCCCAUUCCUCCUCCACCGUACUACCCCCCAGAGUACACCUGCACCCCCUCAAUGGACGGACAGAGAGGCCUGCACCUAGACUUUCCCCAUUCUCCCUUCAGUGCCAUCUAUGGGGUUCCCAUCAACAGCCCCGGAACUCUGUACCCAACCGACCUGCCUCCUCCGUAUGAGUCUGUCGUGGGACAGACUCCUGCCAGCCAGGUCACCACCAGCAACGAGCAGCAGGCCACUGAAUCCAGUCUAUGUGAGAGAAACACCAUGGCAGGACUGAGCACUCAGGCUUCGGUGGACAGUGCCUCACUGAUGGUGUCAGAGGUGGCUGAUCAGGACCAGACCUGCUCCUCAGAGGACUUGUGCUCCCUGGAGGUCCAGGGUUCUGACUCCUCUCCUUAUGACACACACCACACGACCAACAUCAAUGGAAGCUGCCCCAGCUUGGAACUUUGCACACGUGGUACCUCACGCUGCCAUCGUAGCUUACCCAACACCGACGCUCGCCCAAGUGACACAGGAUACAGCGAGUCCUCACACACCCAGGAUUCUCUGGAGCGCUCCCCAGACUGGUCCUCAGAAAACUACAGCAACCUGGAGGACUCUACAGAGAACACACAUCCAUGUGAGGACCUCAGGGCUUCGAUGCACAUAUGUGACGAGCUUGCGUCAGCCAAACAUUUACCAGAGGAGCCACCUAAAGCGUCCACACACUCCCUCAUUAAAGCACGCAUGAUGAGCCGCAAGCUCACUCUCCCUGUCACUCUCCCCCCACCUCCUCAGCCCUGCUCCCCCACCUCUGUAGCCUCCUCUGGGGGAACUUCAGCCAUCAGCCCUAUGGCGCCUUCUCCCUCCCCUUCCCCUCCGAGCAGGCUGCGCGGCCCCAGGCUGUGCUUCAGUGUUUGGUCACCCUCUUCUACAUCACAACCUCCCUCUACCUCAGCUCAAAGUGGCUUCUCGCCCUCGGAGAAGCCGCGGGGGCUCCGGGCAGCCAGGAGGUACCGAAAACUGGCACGCAUUGUCCGCUCCACCAGCGACCCCAUCUCCUGCUCCUCUACGACAGGACGAGACAUCUUAAGCUGUGCUUCUGCAAAUAACCCUCCUGCAGAAGAGUCAACUCAUGCUUCACCAGAGCAAGAGCCAACAAAUGUUUCAACAGACAUAGUUGCAGGUAAACCCAGUCACAUAUCUGUCAGGAAGCAGCAAAAAGAGGGCAGGAAAGUUGACAUCCACCUUAAACCGAGAGCCCUGCACACACACUCCUCCCACGAACGCCCACACUCCCUGGCUGAUCUCAAGAUGUACAAAGACACCAAAAUCCUGGUGGCAAAGUUCCUGGAGCAUUCCAGCUGCAGUCUACCUCCUGAAGUCCAGCAGGUCGUCAACAACAUCAAGUGUGUCAUCAAGUCAGAUGAGAAACACAUGGAGGAGGCCAUUUUUAGUGCCAAUGUCAUAGAUCAGGUGAUGACUCAGGGCAUCAGUGGCAGUCCCAGGAAGCGGGGUCACGAGGAUCUUCACCUUCAAAGCUGUGGUGCUUUGAGUUCGUCCCCUUCCAUGCGCCGUCCAAAACACCUCCAACAAACAAACAGCGGCUCCGCCAACCUCCCGGACUCCCCCUCUUCUGAACAGAGCCUUGAGUGCAGAGAAACCAUUCUCUGACCACUCUCCCUACUAGGACUUGGAUCAAAGCUCUGAGGGCAUUUCACCAUGCGGGUGCUGCAGCCAGGCUGUGCAGCAGAUGUCUGUAGAGUAAUUAAUAACUCGCAAAGCAUUGAAAGAUAUCUGUUUUUCUAAAUGUGACUGCAGCACAGGCAACCUGAAAUGAUCUCAAACUGUAUCUCCUAGUGCCCUGUGAGACUGUGCCAAGUCAUCAGCAGAAAUGGUAGCAAACUCAGACUGAGCCUGUCGGUGUCUGUAGUGGCUUCUUUCUCAUCACAAAAACAAAAGAAUGUUUCUCCCUCAGGGGAUCUUUUCUACUCAGUUUCAUCUCUUCAACAAAAAAAAGAAACAAAUACACAGCUGAUCUGUCACUGAGAGACAACGGAGAUUGUGUUAUCAGUAUUCCCCUUGUCCUCAUAAGAAGCAGAAAGAAAUAUGUUUGUAUUAAACUGUUAUCUGACCAAACUGGGCAUUACAAGCCAUUGUUUGCAGACUUUGUGGCGCUCGGUUGGUGAAUAUUUUGUGGUGCCGAUGGUUCAAGAACUUCACAGAUGUGGAUUAUUUAACUUACCUCAUUGUGUUACAAUUCUUAUCAGUGUUACAAUAAAACAUGAGUUUGUA